CGCGCGCGGCCGCCGAGCGCCGUCGAGUGUCCGCGAGUGCUUGUCUUUUUUUGUGAUUGCCUCGUUUUGGCGCGCUUUCCGUGCGAGCGGCGUAUGUGUGUUGUGAUACCCUCGGCGUGCGGAGCUGCGCCGUCCACACCGCAAUGGUAGCGGCGAGGGGUGCUGGCGCCCUGCACUGGAGGAUUACCGCGCCCAUGAUGAGGUAGUAGCGGCGACGCAGCACACCACGCCUGCCAUGGCGGCUGCCAUAAGCAGCGACUGGAGCGCGGCGACCGCGGCGACCGUCAAGACGGAGCACUCGUCGUACGGGAGUCGCAAGUCGGCGGGCGCGGCCACGGCCACCACCAACGUGGACUCGCUGCACCUGUCCGGCAACACGAAUGGCACGGUGCCGGGCACGGCGUCCUCGCCCGAGGGCACCAACUCGCUGCUCAACGACGCCUACACCAAGAUGACGUCGGACAUCCUGGCGGAGCGGACGCUGGGCGACUUCGUGUCGGAGCACCCCGGCGAGCUGGUGCGCACGGGCAGCCCGCACUUCGUGUGCACCGUGCUGCCCACGCACUGGCGCUCCAACAAGACCCUGCCCGUCGCCUUCAAGGUGCUCGCCCUCGGCGACGUCCUCGACGGCACGGUGGUCACGGUGCGCGCCGGCAACGACGAGAACUACUGCGCCGAGCUGCGCAACUGCACCUCCGUCAUGAAGAACCAGGUGGCCAAGUUCAACGACCUGAGGUUCGUCGGCCGCAGCGGCAGAGGGAAGAGCUUCACGCUGACCAUCACCGUGUCCACGUCGCCGCCCCAGGUCACGACGUACAACAAGGCCAUCAAGGUGACGGUGGACGGGCCGCGGGAGCCGCGCUCCAAAACAAUGUUGUCUCUUCUAGGGCAGCAGCAGCAGUUCCACUUCGCCUUCGGCCAGCGGCCCGCCUUCCUGUCGGGGCACUUCGGCUCCCCGCUGGACCCUCUGCAGCGCGCCGACCCGCUGGCCUUCCGGGUGCCCUCCAUGGCCAACUGCAACAACAUGAGCGGCUUCGGGCUGACGUCGGCGGCGCCGCACUGGGGCUACUCGGCGGCCAACCCCUACUCGCCGUACCUGGGCCAGGGGCUCACGUCGUGCGCCGCCACCACGGGCUUCAACACGCCGGCCAUCGGCUUCGGCACCACCGACAACCACGCCGACUUCGGCUCCACCAGCACCGUGUCCUCCAUCCUCCCGGAGUCGACGGGCGGUGUGGCCUCGGACCUGGAGCAGCAGCUCGGCCUGGUCACCUCGCCGGCGCCCAACAACCUGGGCACCCUGCACCACAACAACAACAUCCCAAACAACAACAACAACACGACAACCAACAACAAUAACAACAACAACACCGGGGCGGCGGUGAGUCCGCUCGGGCGGGCCUCCUCGCCACUCAAGUACCCGGACUACGGCUUCACGUCGGGGCCGCGGUCGCUGUCGGACUCCUCGCAGGCCGAGUCGCCGCUUAGCGAGGAAAUCCUGCCGUCCAUCGGCGCGCCCAACAGUGGCCUGGCCAACGGCCUGAACGGCCUCCACCAGGCGGGGGCGGCGGGGGCGGGCGCGGGGGCGGGGGCCGCCCCCAACAGCAUGGUGAUGGGGGGCCACCACCAGGCCGGCGCGACCUGCAACGGCUCCGCGUCCAACCUGUACCUGGGCGCGCCGGUGCUCCCGGCAGCCUCCGCCAUCCUGUACUCGCAGCUCUACUCGGCGGCGAGCGGCCACCACCAGAACUCGCACCAGUUCCACCACCACCUGCACCACCACCACCACGGCAGCGCGGACCUGCUGGGCGCCUCCUGCCUACCGCAGCAGCAGCAGCAGCGGCCGCCGGGCGACAACACCGCGGUCUGGAGGCCGUACUGACUCGCGUCAAAUGGGGCCACGGCCGCGGCCGAACGCCGCCAGUUGACUGGCUUCGGGUCCGAGCGAGGCUCGCUCGCCUCGACAUUUUGUGAUACACUUUACGUUUAAGGAGUUGUAACGACGCUGGGUGGCGGCAUAGCACGGUCUUUUGCGACAUUCACGGACUGGAGGGAUGUUCCAAAAAGGGUGGUAUAACGCUGGCAGUUCUAGUGAUAUUGUACAUAAAGUUUUCCACGAUGCCGUCUGUUUCUGGUACACUAUGCGAACGCUAAACUGACUUCUCGUCGGAGCGUUGCCGUCAUUCUAAAACUGUGCUCUGCAUUUUCGUUUAAAAUUAUACCCCAUUUCAAAGCAUUAGUUAGUGGGAAAAGCCGGGAUCACGACACGAGAAAUUUAAUUUAAUUAGCAAAUAAAUGUUGUGUCAUGCAAAGAAACAGUGUUACGGAUACGAAUAAGUGGAAAAUGUUAAACCAAGGCUCGCUGUACAGACUAGCUUUUUAAUGGACUUGUAACUAUCGAUUCUAAUGUACAUAAAUAAUGUGUAUACGAAAAAGGUUUUGCUAUAUAUUGUGGAUAAUCUAUAUAUUGUUACGUUACGUUGUUUUUGUUCCAAGUUAAAUGUAUUUAUCCGGUGGCGCUGUGAGGCUUAAUGGUGAGUUUCGUAAUAAGUGAAAGACACAAUUAAUUGCAAACUCGAGAAACGCCCGCCAUGUUCCGAAUCCUGUUCGCACAGACAUAUCUGCGGUCCUACGAUGUGAAACAUAUCAUACCUUUUGCAUUUGCCAGAGCAAGCAUUUUGCGGUCUCAUCGCUACGUUUCUGUGUUGGGUGUCGACGCCACUGUUACCUGUCUCUGUCUGCCGCGUGUGGCGGCUACACUGUAAAGUCGCCGGGAAAUAAAUUCU